AUGGAAUCCCAAAACAAUCAAGGCUACAACUAUCAGCCAUUAAACCAAAAUUAUGCUCCUCAAGGAAAUCCUGCAGGUUAUUAGCCAGUCCCUAAUCCAUAUGCAAAUGGCUAACCACAGACAAACAUGUAUUCUCAACCACCAGGAGGAUUCAGCUAACCUCCAGGUGGAUACUAGCACCCACCACCUCAAGGUUACCCAAUGGGUCAGCCUUAAGGUUACGUCCCACCUCCUUAACCAACAAUGUACAACACGCAGCCAGUAGGUUACAAUAGUCAAGCUAUUCCAAAUGCAACCACAACUAAGGUAACCUAUGUUCAAUAGACUCAGAUAACUUCAGACGCUAAUCAUCAUUCGCAUGAUCAUCAUCACCACCACUCUCACAAUAGACAAAGAGGUCAAUCUCACAGAUUCAAUCGCAAUUAUGACGAGAGAAUCGUAAUCACUCAUUUGCACUUGCCAAUGCAAAUUAGGUGCUACAAUUGCGGCCACGAAGGACUUACUAGAGCUGAGUUGGUUGAUGGAACUUGCGUUACUUGCACAUGUAUUUUGUGCUGCUGUUUGGGAUUAUGGCUUUGUGCUCCUUGCGUCUAUUGCAUGGACGGGUUAAAGGAUAUUCAACACUACUGCUCCAACUGCCACACUUUAGUAGCAGUAAAAAGAGCUUGCUGA